AUGGAAAAACCAACGAUCUCUGUUUAUACUGCAGCACAUACCGUCGACUAUCUCGGCCACUCUCAUGAAUGGACAGAAACCGAAGUAGUAUACACUUUCGCUGAAGUCAAAAAAGAAUUAGCUGCAUUCAAAUCAAAAUGUCGGGAGGAACAUGAAACAGACAAAUACUUGGCCAUCGUAGCAAAACACGAAGAAAUCGAACGCAGAAAAGCUAUCAGAGCUCAACGUAAACAACUGCAACAACAAAAUGCCGGCAAUGAGAAAUCGGAAGCGUCGCCAAUGAAAACCAACGCAAAUCCUUUCUCGUCCGCUACUCCACUCGUCGAGAAGAGAGUGAACGCUGCCGGUCAAACGGUCACAAAAAAAGUCAAAGACCCUCUAAAGAAAUUGCAACGCGAGGAAUGGUUACAAGAAAAACGUUUAUUACGACAAGAAAAUGCGAUCUGGCGCCGUAUGGGCGUUGUAAAAAGUGGAAGAUUGGUUUCCCCGCAAUCUUUGAACUGGCAAAAAGAAAGUGACGUGUUAUGGUUGUUCGGUCCCUUGUAUCAACCUGAGGAGGAAGAACAACAGCAAAAUUUGGAUGAAGAUGAGGACACCAAAAGCUCCACUAUCGAUGGCAUUCCAAAUUACACCUCACCAAUCAAACCCGCUCUCAAAAAACAUGUCGAGCACUCGCCAAUUGAAGAUUUGCUCACCUACUACAAAUGCUCGAAGGUACUAAACAAGGAUAAAUCAGUUACCAGCGUCGGUCAUCCAUACAAUUUCGACGCCGCGGAAUAUUCGUCUUCAUCGGAAGAAUCCGAUGUUACGGAUGCGGAAGACUCGGAUAGCGGAUCCAGCUCCGAUUCGUCGACUGGUUUUCCAGAUCAUUCACAAACUCGUCGUAACACUAUGCCGGUACGCAUACCAAAGAACAAAAAAUCAUUGAGAUUCAGCAGCAAAUUGGAGCAAGUUCAUUAUUACGCUCCAACAAAUUAUACGAAACCGCCUACGAGACGACGAUCCACGAAAAAGAAUUUAAUCGAUGAAGAUGAGGAUGAACCGGAGAAGAUUCCACCAAAGGGUGGCGCUGGCGUGGCAAUUGGCAUUAAAGGCGUCGGAAUGAUGGACAGCUGCAAUGACUAUAACCAAAUCUUUAAAUGGGCGAAAUCUCAGGUCAAGGAUUCUGGUUCAUAUAGUCUUUUCUGCGAAGACAAAAAAGGUGCUAGUAUCGUUCCAGACAAUAGUCCGAUCGCCGCUUAUCAAGCCACAAUGGACGCCAUCGCAAAGAAAACUGCUGCGGCUAGUCACAUGACAACCGACGCCACCACUAAUGGAGCAAUGGAAUAUCAAAAGAUGUUGGCCGCUGCCAGAGUAUCAUCAAUGCAAUCAACCACUCGCAGAAGACAAUCAACACAAUACAGCAAACCAAUCUACGACGCUGAACUUUUGUCUGAUGACGAUGAUGAUGAAAGUUUCUCCACCAAUAAUAAAAAAUCAUCGAAUAAAACUGUCGACAAACAAGAAAAAGAAGUCGACCCAUUCUGUCCUCCCCCAGUUGUCGAAGAUCUCGACAAAGACGCGUCAAAAAAUGCAAGCAUCGUAGCAAGAUGUGUAAAUAUUGCCGAGAAUGCUAAAGAUGUUGUUAUGCAGCUUUUUUUUGCUUGUUUACUUUUGGGAACGGUUUCGAGUCUUUGGAUCCGUACACCUUAUCAAAUUUUUUCUUUAAUAUAG